AUGGUUGCUGUGAUGGGUCAUGGAGGCGACGGUGGUGACGAGCCACCACAUCCGUUCGGUGGAGGUUUUGGUGAUCACCAAAACAAUGUGGUGCCUCCGAAACGAAGAGGCAUGGCGGUAAAUAAAAAAAUGCACAAACUCUAUAAAGCUAACGGUGAACGGCCGCUUAAGAUAUUAUUUGCCGUAAAUACUAACCUACCGAUUAGGGAGGUGUACGAAUGUUUCAUUCAGGAGGUUGAGAGCUAUAUGUGGCGGGACAUCGGUUUUGAUAAAUACACACGAACAGAGAGAUGGUUUGAUUUUGACGCGAUUACAAAUCAUCCCAUGGCUUCAACUUAUUGGGCAUCACUGAACAACCGGAUAUGUGUGCGGUAUAGAGGCCGCAAAAAUAUUGCAACAAACCGUUUUGAUGAUUUUGCAGGGAAUGUGGAGACAGGAAGGGCUCAAGCCCCUAGGGGUAUGGAUCCGCAGCGUUGGAAUGCAGCUAUUGACCAUUUCUUAACAGAAAAACAUAAAAAACGAUUCACUGGAAACAAAGAAUGCCGGAAGAAGCAAGUAGUGAAGAAUCUUGGAGAGACGUGCAGCUAUGUAUUUCAUCGUGCGCAUGUAAAUAAAAGAGGGGAAUUUGUUGAUCCUUUGGUUGAUGAGCAAUAUAAUACCUUAGUUGCUGAGGUUGCUCUACAGACUCAUCACAUAGCCGACUCUAGUGGUGAUCCAGACACCAUUGAUUGGAUCACAAUAUUUGAGAAGGUAUUGUGUACUCGAAGAGAGCAUGUGAGAGGCAUUGGGCCUAAAGCUUCUUCAGUUGCGGGUACAAGUGUUCCAUCCCAAUGGCAGUCACAGUCACAAGCAUUGCAACCAACACAGGAUGUUGAUGUGAAUGCUUUUUCUUCAAAACCUAGCAUUUGUGACGGCCAUUGGAGACAUUAUUUGUUCGUUAAAAAACCAAGUCAACGAGGAAAACAAUGA